AUGGAUUUGGUUUAUGAAGAACUUGAUGAGGUUAAAGCUGAAUUCAAAAAGCUCACAGAGGAAUAUCGUGUUAAAGCAGAAUUAGCCGAAAGUUUGAAGAGAUCCCAAAGUGAGAUAUUUAUUAAGUCUCAGGAAGCGAAUCAGAAGCUGGAAAAAUUAGCUCGGGAAUUAAAUGGGAAGAAAGAUGAAAUUUGUGCUGCAAAUCAAAUAAAUGAAGAGCUGAAGUCUAAUUUGAAAGAUAAAGAGGCUGCCAUCAAGCAUCUUACAUCUGCAAAUAGUAAACUUCGUCUUGACUAUGGUGAGAAGCUUCGCAAGUGUGAAGAAGAGAAUAAAGAGUUGGGGUUGGCUUUGGACGAAGCAAAUGCCAAGAACAUGGAUCAAGAGAAGCAAAUUUGUUCACUUAAAGAAGAGAUUGAAGGAGGUAAGAGACUUCUUACUGUUCUUCAGAAGAAGUCUUCAGAAGCAGAAAACAAGGCCAAAGCUUCUAAAGAAGUACAGCUGAGAGAUGAUGUUUUCCACGAAUUAGAAGAGAAAAAUAGAAGUUUUGAAGAUCGUCUGAAAUGGAAGAAUGAACAAUUUGGCCAUUUAGAAGAAGCCCAUGAAAAGCUUCGACGUCAUUUGCAAGUGAGGGAAAAGGAGUGGGAGAAGGAGAAAGCUGUAUUGAUUGAUGACAUCUCUUCCUUACAAUCCAACCUGGAAUCACAAAUCCGAAUUUCAGAAGAUCUACAGAAUCGAUUUAACAUGUGCAACCAGGCUCUGGCUCAUGAAGAAGGCAAGAGAAAGCUUUUGGAAGUUCAACUUUUGGAAUUCAAGAACAGGUUUGGCUUUGUUUGUGAUGAAUAUGAGGAGGCUAAGUUGAAAAUCGAAAGCCUGACAAGUCAGAGGGAUCAAGAAAUUGCUACUCUGAGGGGUUCAUUGGGCACAAAGGAGACACUUUACAAAGAAAUGCAGUACCAGUUCAACAAGCUGGAGCUAGAGAAGAAAGAGUUGAUGGUAUUGAUUAAAGAACUUCAAGAAGCUCAAAUCCAGGAAGCAGGAAAUGUUUCCUCGUCAUCUAAGUUUCGGAACAAGCUCAAAUCUCUGGAGGCGCACAGGGACUGUUCAAUGAGUCUCAAAGCAAAAGAAGCUGAGUGGCGCUUACUAAAUGAGAAAUUGAAAGUGGACCUCAAUAUCUGCAGAUCUGCAUUAGAAAGCAAAGACAUUUCUAUAAAUGAGCUCAAAAAGGAACUGGAAGCUUGUCGUUCUCUGACAUUAGAACUAGAGCUACAGAAUGAGGAGAAUUCUCUGCUGUUAUUGGUGUUGAAGUCGGAAAUUUCAGAGGCCCAACUCGUGCUUGCUAAUUAUGGUGCUUGCAUGGAUCAGGAAAACAAAGAACUAGAAAAAACUAUUUCUAUUCUAGUGGAACAGUUGGAAAUGAAGAAGGAGAACCUCAUCCGAGUUCAAAAAGGACUUGAGGAGGAGCAUGAGAAGACGGUGAUUUUGUCGAGAAAGCUGAAAUCUAUUGAAGAGGAGCGGCUUCCUUUGCACGAGGAGCUUGAUAGACUCAAAGAAAUGCUCAAAGAAUCAUCUACUCGUCAGUUACAUUCUGAAGAGCAAGUGCUGCAAAUUCAGAGCGAUUUGAAAACAAUCCACGAUGCCCUGGAUAGAGCAAAUGAGGAGCUGUAUGAGAAAUUCUGUGAACUAAAUGAAGUUGAAUUUGAAUUGCAGAUCUGGAAAUCUAUUGCUGAACAGUUCAAAAUAAACGUAAGAGAAAACCAUCAAAUGCGUAGAGACGUAGAAGCUUCUCUUAUUGCACAAGUAGAUGUCGAGGUCAACCUUAAACGAGAGAAAGAAAGCCUCUGUCAUCAAUUAGAAGAGAAAAAUAAGAGGAUCGAUGAUCUUCAGCAACAGAUCGCUGGAUUAAACGAAAGAAUCAAGUCUGAAGAAACUGCCAGUCUGGAGGGAUCAAGGACAGCGGGAAAAGAAAUCUCGGCUAAACAUUCAGAUGAAACGGCCGCAGAAGGUCUUCAGAAAGAGUUGAACUGUUUGGUGCAAGAGUUGAUCAAUAAAGAACUAGAAGCAGCCAUUAUUGCUCGAGUUGAGAAAAACUACGAGCAGGAGAAAGAAACCCUUAGCCAGAUUGUAGAAGAGAAAGACCAGAGAAUUUAUGAUCUACAGCAGCUUGUUGCAUCAUUGGAACAGGAGUUUGAAAGUUCAACCUGUUCUUUUUCAUCGCAACUUGCAAAGAUGCAGACAGAGAGGAAUUCGUUCCAUGACUCUUGGGAAAAGAUCAAAACAGCUGAGGUUUUGAAACAUGUGGAAAUUCAAGAGAAAAGUCUGAUAAUUACAGAAUUAGAACAUGACUUGAGUAAUUUACAGGAGAUAGUGGAACAGCAAGACAGAACCUUAUUCAGUUCCAGAAAGAAAAGAGAGGAAAUUGAAGCAGAAUUAGAAUCGAAACAACUGGAAAUUUACAAACUGGAAUGUGAAUUUGAAGAGAAGCAGCUUAGUUCAGAUACUACAAUUGAGAAGUUAACCAAUGAAAAGGCUAAGAUAAUCGAACAUUUUUCAGACCGGGAAAACUUGUUCAGCAAUACUAUGGGAUUGCUAUCUGAUAGGAUUCAGAAGUUAUCUGUGGAAGAUAUGCAGCUGAUGGAAAAAUUGGGAAGGAUAGUACACGCCAUGGAGAAUGACGGGCCGAGGAUAGAAAUGAAUGGCAAUUAUGAUGAUGAAUAUGACCCUGUUAAAGAGAAUAUGAACACUUACUCAUCAUCCCCCUUGAUGAAGAGAGCUGAAGCCAUUCAUGAUGAAAGAUCUCCAUUGAGAGCCCUCAACAAUUAA